CUCGAACGCAGAAUAUCCGCAAAACAAGACGUCAUGCUAUUUAAAUUGACCAAUGAGAGGCAAUUGUGGACAAUUUUAUCCAAUGGUAUGUUUGCUUGCAACGACCCCUUUUUCGCAAUUUCGCAUCAUGCCACCAACCCUUCAACGGUCCGCGCAUGCGGUCAAGUCCACACUGCCGUGGCUGUACAUGGUGACACCGAGCAUUGCAUCCACAGACGUACUUGUGGAUACGGUGGAAAAGGCUCUCCGUGGAGGAGUGAACAUCGUCCAGCUUCGCAACAAGAUCUUUGGCGCAGACUCGCCCGAGCUCAAGGCCAUGGCGGUAGCGUUGCGUGAGUUGACGCGGUCACACAAUGUUCCGUUGAUCAUCAACGACCACGUUGCACUUGCGUUGGAUGUCGGUGCCGACGGUGCGCACAUUGGGCAAGAAGACACGGCCGUGGAAGCCGCGCAGGCACUCAUCGGGACCACGCCGUCGUUUCUGUUGGGAGUCACCGUGCGCGACGCGAUCCAGGCGCAAGCCGCGUGCAAAGGUGCAUGCAUGUUUCAUUCGUGUGGUUCUAAUACUUUAUGUGUUUCUGUAGCGGGGGCUGACUACUUGGGAGUCGGGCCAGUGUAUGCCUCAAGUACCAAGCAGAACGCGAACAAUGGCCUCGUUAUUGGCCUCGACGGGCUCGCAUCCACCGUCGCCAUGGCGAGCCAGUUCCAUGUUCCGGUGGUCGCUAUAGGGGGUAUCCAUGUAGACCGUGUGGAAGCCUGCAUGUCGACCAAGGCGGCCGGGGUGGCGGUCGUGGCGGCACUCAGCAGUUCGUCCGACGUGCAGGGUGCCGCGGCGGCGCUGGCCGACAAAGUUCGUCGCCACCACACACGUUGAAGUAUAUCGACAGAAAAGAAAUAAAACCGUAGAACACGAUACAAAUCAAUAGAAAACACACG